UGACAAGCGUUUAGUGGAGUAAAUCGUCAGUAUGAUCAGGAUGAAAAUAACAACUCAGAAAUGAGUAAAUGGACAACAUUUCACUGAUUUUAAAUGUUUUGCUGAUACUGUUGCAUAUAAAUUAAUUAACCAUGCGCAAUCCGACUGACAGAGUUACGAUAAACCUUGGCUUUGAUCCAGAGAGAAGCUAUUCUGACGGGUAUAAAAGCAAGUCCAUCACCAGGGCAUGGCGGAGACUUUCAAGCCUUCAAAGGACAGUGAUCAUAGCAGCUAUGUGCGUGUUUGGCAUGUGCGUGUUCUACCUGGCGCCAGUGUUCCGCUGGGAGUCCAUGGGACGAGAGGGCCGCAUGCUGCCUAGGAACAUGCCCAACCAGCCUGUGGAUAUGCUGCCUCCAGACGUACUGCAGAAUGUUGCUGACGAGUUGGAAAAACAAAGAGUUGAAGAGCGGAGGAAAGCAGUACAUGAGAUUCAAGACGUCUUGGUACCCGAGGAAAAAGUGGAGGAACCAAAUGUUGCAGACUCUCCGCUCAAGUUUGACACACACAAAGACCAGGAGCAGGCACAGAAAGAAGUUGUUGCCAAACUGGCAAACCAUCAAAUCGAGGUUGACAGGUCUGCAGACCCCAGGAGAAAGUUUGAAGCCGUGGUGGACUAUGACUACUUCAGUGCAAAUCGUCGUAACAACCCUCAGCAGUUGGAGAUUAUAGAGGCAUUCCAGGAAUGUUGGUCGGCGUACAAGAAGUAUGCGUGGGGCCAUGACGAAUUCCACCCCAUCACCAAGAAAUGGUCGGAGUGGUUUGGUGUUGGGCUGACUAUUGUUGACUCUUUAGAUACGGCUAUUAUCAUGGGAUUAAAGAAAGAGUAUGAUGAGGGCAGGGAAUUUGUUGCCAAGGACUUGAGGUUUGACAAGGACCAAGACGUCAAUCUGUUUGAGAUCACUAUCCGAGUGCUGGGAGGCUUGCUGAGCUCCUACCAUCUCACGGGCGAUGAAAUCUUCAAGGAGAAAGCCGUUGACCUUGGGGAUCGUCUGUUGCCAUGCUUCAACUCUCCGUCCCGUGUCCCGUACUCAGAUGUGAACCUUCGUACGGGCAAUGCACACGCCCCGCGCUGGGGCCCGGACAGUUCGACCUCCGAGGUCACCACCAUCCAGCUGGAGUUCAAGGACCUAUCAAAGGUCACCGGUGAUCCCAAAUAUAAGGACGCAGUGAAUGAAGUGGCCAAACAUGUACAUGAUGAGCCCAAGAAGGAUGGUCUCGUGCCGAUCUUCAUCAACGCUCAGACUGGCAAGUUGCGUAACUCUGCUACCAUCAGUGUUGGAGCGCGUGGAGACAGCUACUAUGAAUACCUGUUCAAGCAGUGGAUACAGACUGGAAAAACUGAGGACCAGUAUAAAGAUGACUUUGUAGCCAGCGUUGAAGGGAUGAAGAGGCACCUUGUGAAGAAGUCGGAGCCUUCCAAGCUGACCUACAUAGGAGAGCUGGUCAACGGGCACAGCUUUGCACCCAAAAUGGACCACCUGGUCUGCUUCAUGGGGGGUACCCUGGCGCUGGGUCACGCUAACGGACUGCCUGCAGACUAUCUGGACCUUGGCAAGGAGAUGACCCGCACCUGCUACGAGAUGUACGCACGCAUGCCCACCAAACUGAGCCCCGAGAUCGUCUAUUUUAAUAUGGCCACCGGAGCGUCAGAUGAUCUUAUUGUGAAGAGUGCUGAUGCCCACAACCUCCUGCGGCCCGAGACUGUGGAGAGCAUAUUCUACCUGUAUCGCCUCACCCAGGAUGAGAAGUAUCGGGAAUGGGGCUGGAAGAUUUUCCAGGCAUUCAAGAAGUACACCCGAGUGCCAGGCUUUGGCUAUUCCUCGAUAAACAAUGUUAAAAACGCUGGCAGUCCCAGCUAUAGAGACAAAUUAGAGAGUUUUUUCAUGGCGGAAACACUUAAGUAUUUAUAUUUGAUUUUUAGCGAUGAUCCCGAUUUAAUCCCGUUGGAUAAGUUCGUUAUUAACACCGAAGCACAUCCGCUGCCGAUAUAUAAGAACCCAAUAUAGAAAGUAUUACUUCAAUUCACUCAUUUGUAGAUUAUUAUAUGUUUGUUAUCAAUGUAUGCUUGCAUAUUUCCAGUUUAUUUUUAUGUAGAUAUUUUGGAGACAGUGUUUAUUUAUUGAAUUAUUUACCUAAUUAUUAUUUGAGAUGUUUUGCUUAACGUAAGCAACCUUACCACCUGGCAUUUUCCACCUGAUACAGUAACACAGUUUAUGUGUUUUCAUACUUGUAUCAAUAAAACUGAUAAUAUUGUUUCGAGAAAUGUUUUGUACAAUUUGAAACACAGACUAUUUUAUAUCCAGUUCAGUUUUUGUAUUGGUUAGUUCUCUGUGAAUUACCUCAAAUUUUCAUGGAUCACACCAUUUUUCAUGGCGGAAACACUAAGAUAUUUAUAUUUUAUUUUGAGCGAUGAUCCCGAUUUAAUCCCGCUGGAUAAGUUCAUUAUAAAUACGUAAGCACAUCCGCUGCCGAUAUAUUAGAACCCUAUAAAGACAGCAUUACUUCAAUUCACCUAUUUGUAGAUUAUUAUAUGUUUGUUAUAAAUUUAUUCUUGUAUAUUUCCAGUUUAUUUUUAUGUAGAUAUUUUAGAGACAGUGUUUAUUUAUUGAAUUAUUUACCUAAUUAUUAUUUGAGAUGUUUUGCUUCACAUAAGCAACCUUACCACCUGGCAUUUUCCACCUGAUACAGUAACAUAGUUUAUGUGUUUUCAUACUUGUAUCAAUAAAACUGAUAUUGUUUCCAGUAUUGUUAUGUUCAAUUUGAAACACAGUCUAUCAUAUAUUCAGUUCAGUUUUUGUAUUGGUUAGUUCUCUAUGAAUUACCUCAAACUGUCAUGAUCAACACAUUCAAAAGGUCCCAAAGAGACCUAGUUGUUGUUGUGAAUUUUCUAUCUAUUCUUAUAUUUGCCUCUAAAAAUUACAUUUAAGAGAAUAUAAAACACGACUGUAUGGUUGUAAAGAUUGACAGAAGAAACAUAGUUAUUAGACCGGACUAAAAAAAAAUCCUUGUUGAAAACCAAAGAAAAGUUUUUUAAUUUUUUGUUUAUUUCUUUUUACAUUGAAAGUUCUUUAAACUAGUAAAUACUGCUUAGGUAUGGAUUGUUUUACCUUUUUGUAAAGAAAUAAUGAUCUGAAAUAUCACUCAAUGACAAUGUUAUAUUAGAGUUCUGUGAUGAGAUUUGCUAAAACCAGACGCAGAAAGUCGAUGUGCCCAGCCCACCUUUUUCUCAAAGCCUAUUUGGGUCUGUUUUUGAAGACGAUUUUUUAUAUUUGGGCUGUGCUCUGUGAAAAAGGGGUUUAAUGCAUGUGCUUAAAGUGUUGUCCCAGAUUAGCCUGUGCAGUCAAUUAAUAUUAAUUUUAAUCAGUUUCAAAAAUUCACUUAUUGGAUAUAAAAUUUGCUAUUGGUUUGACAUUUCUGAUCUGAAACAUUUAUUUUAUUACCAGCGCCCUGGUUUACUAUGCAGCUUACACAAUGAUUAGACUUACGCAUAACAUUCAAAUUUUGCUUCUUUAAAUAAUGACGUUCAGUGAAAAUCAAUAAAGCAAUUAUCUAUUUCAAUGAUUCAGCAAAUGAUGACAAUAUUUGCAUUUUAAAAUAAGUCUCAGAAUUGUUCAAGUAGCUUUUUAAAACACGACCCAAUUCUGUUAUGGUAUAUGGAUUUAUUAAAAGACUAUUAUGUAUAAUUAUUAAAACUUAUAAGUCAGAUGUACGUACAUAGUAUUUUGCUUCUGCACUUUGUGAACAUGGUUCAUAUACUAAAUCCAACUUAACAGUAUGUUUUUUUUCCACGAUAUUAACGUUAUAGGCAAUUAUGUCACACAACCCACCUUAGAAUUACGGUCUGGACAAAAAUGAAGUAUUAAUGAAAUUUAUUUAUUGGUAUGUUUUAAGCUUUUAUAAGUCCCCUACCGGUUUCACCGGAGGGGACUUAUGGUUUUCGCUCUGUGUGUCCGUCAGUCUGUCACACUUUUCUGGAUCCUGCGAUAACUUUCAAAGUUCUUCAUAUAUUUUUCAUGAAACUUGAAACAUGGAUAGAUGGCAAUAUGGAGAUUUUGUACGUAAUUUCAUUUUGUUCCUACGUCAAAAAUUCUGGUUGCUAUGGCAACAAAUAGACUAGAAAUACUGCUGAAAAUGUUGUUUUUUUCUGGAUCCUGCGAUAACUUUUAAAGUUCUUCAUAUUUUUUCAUGAAACUUGAAACAUAGAUAGAUGGCAUAUGGACAUGAUGCACGUCAUUUCAUUUUGUUCCUACGUCAAAACUUCUGGUUGCUAUGACAACAAAUAGACUAGAAAUACUGCUGUAAAUGGUGUUUUUUCUGGAUCCUGCGAUAACUUAAAAAGUUCUUCAUAUUUUUUCAUAAAACUUGAAACAUGGAUAGAUGGCAAUAUGGACAUUAUGCACGUCAUUUCAUUUUGUUCCUACGUCAAAAAUUAUGGUUGCUAUGGCAACAAAUAUUUAAAAAAUCUGAAAAUGGUGGAAUUUCUGACAAUGGUGGAGCCGGUAGGGGUUUUAUAUUGCUUGACAAUAGUAUUGUUGUUUUACAGUCUGAACCAUUAUCUACUUUGAAAAUAAACAAAGUGCAAUAAAUCUGAAAAUGCAAUGCACAAAGUUAUUGUCCCUGUGAACAGCAGUUUUCUGUAAUUUAUUAGAACCAUCCAUCUUUUAAGUGUCAAAUAUAUAGAUAUAUUUUCAAUAUAUAUAGCAUGAUAAUAAACUAAGGCAAUAAAUGGAGGUUAAAGUAGGGGUUCAAUGCCAUGAGAUCCAUUUACCUAUUAAGUUAAAUUUUAGUACUUUUUGGUCAAGUUAUACACAAAAGCAAAUAAUGGUGGCCUACCAAAGUCUCUAAUAAAGCUCACAUUUUGGUCGCUUAGUCAAAAUACAUUGACAACAAUUCUAAAUCUGCUUAACAAUUGACAAUAUAUUUUCAUAAGGCAGUCAUGGUAAUGUAUUGUUGUAAUUUUCAGUGUAUGAUCAUACUUUGGAUGUUGGAAAAUACUAAACACGUGUUAUAAUGCACAUUAUAUUAAUAAGGACAGAGUUUUUCAAGGUUCCCUUAUCACCUAUGUUGUUCAAUUAUUUGAACAUAAAUAAUAAUACUUUGUAGGAUUUGUGUAUUUUAAUUAUGAUACAUACAAAAUCUUGGCUUUUUCAUGUGUUAAUUUUGUUUGCUCUUCAUAAAUAACCAUGACAAUUUUGAUUCGAUCAUGUGAUAAAUGCUUCAAGAUUUAAUGAUGAAUUACACUUUUUUUCUUCUAUUAAAAUAUCAAAAUGAUCAUCAAUAAGUGCAGACUAAAAAAUUAGUAAAGAGUUUCAAAUCUUGAAUUCUUGUACCUUGCAAUGAAUACUUGGAUUAUAGAAAACUGUUUUACAUAAAAUUACAGAACAGAACAGAUAGUUUAUUUGCGACUUAAGCAUAUACAGCUCAUCGUCAAAAACAAUAAAUCAAUCAUAAAUACAUAUACAUACACAUGCGUCAAACUAACAACAAAUGUUUAUGCAUUUUUACAGACAGGAGUCCUACAGUUUCAGACUCUAAAUAAUUUUGAUAUUUUAAUAGAAGAAAAACAAGUGUAAUUUAUUGUUAAAUCUUGCAGCAUUGAUUACAAAAAUAAAAUUCCAUUAUCAACUAUUUUAAUACAGGACUUUUUGAAAGUUUUUUUGUGGAAGGCAAGCCUGAAAGGCAUUCAAUGUACAUGUGUUUUUGUUGUGUUUAAGAGCUUUAUUUGCAAAGUUUUUUAUUGAUUUAAUUGUUAUGUAAUUCAUUUGUAUUUUUUCUGUGUGCUUAUAUUCAUGGUGAGAGGCGAUUUUUUCCUCUGAUUUAGAUGACAUUGCAUUGGUUGGUUAUCAUUUUGUAGUACAUGUACAUGUCUUGCAAUAUCUUUGAGAAUAUUGUAAAUUUAUUGCAAACAAAAGUUUAAUAAAUUCAAAUAAACUGUU